AUGUUUCCAAAAUAUUUAUUCGAUAGUGGAGAAUCAGCAAAUUCACAAAAACAAUUUAUAACAUGGUGGACAAAAUAUUAUGCAUAUCCAGGUUCAAAUGUUAAAGAUGUAAAAGUGUGAUUAAUAGGUACAACUCAUCGUACUCUUGAAGAUUUCUUCGUUCAUAAGAAAUCUUCCAAAGAAAUGUUAACCAAAAUGGAAUCUUAAUCAAUAACAACUAUUUAAACAUUAUUAAUUAAAAACUUCUAAACUAUAUAUCAUGUGUAUUCAUAUGAUUUGCACAUUGUAAUAAUAGAAUUAAAAGAACUAUGUUCGUUAAAGAUAACCUUGUCUAAAAUAUUAAUUAUCAAAUAAAUACUUAUACACUAAUCACUAUAUUUUCAAAUACUCAUUUGCCCAAAUAAAAGAAACAUCCUAUACUUCUUUAUUCGUUUUAGAUAUAUACUAUCUUAUUCACUUUCUUUCAACAAAAACAACGUUUUUAAAACAAGCAAAAUUAUAACUAAUCUUAUGUGAGUAUUCCUAAUACAAGCGACUUGCUACUUGUCCAUACUACAUCUGUUUUAGAAUGAAUAAUAAUCAGAGCCAAAUGGGUAGCACUCCAUCAAAACCACUCUGCUACAAGAAUACAAAUGAAUCGAAUAUUAAUCAAAUGCUCUCAAUCAGGCUUAUCACUGCAAGUCAACCAUUCAUACCAUUCAACACGACAAAUAUGAUUCCAACUCAAAAGACAAUUCAUUCGUAAUGUACCACAACCUAACAAUUUAACUACACGACAGUUAGGUAGACGAAUACGAUGCCAAUAAAGACGACAAAAACAACAACAGUGAGAAGAAGAAAUCGAAGCACAACAACCAGUAUUUCAACUGAUACGUCAAAGAUCCACAAUGUCAUUCGAUGGUGAAUAGUAUCAUGAUUAUUGGGAAUCUCUUGGCUUCCCGGAAUACAUGGAUGAAGCAUACAAUGAUCUGUUAUUGGAAGCAUAUGAAUGGGAAAAAAUGCAUCCAAAAGAACGGUGGGAACAAAAACAAUUGAAUAAAUUCGAAAAACUAGCUGCAUUGCAACAAUUACCUUUGAUCCAACACGAAAUUAAACAACAGAGACAAAUUGAUGAAGUAGUCAAAAUGUUAGAAGAAGAACAAGCACAGCAGAAUCGAGAACAAUUAAUUCGCCGGCAACUAUCGGAAAAUGCAGCUUUUAUAGUUCAACAACUACCUGAGAACUAACUUUUUCUCAUUUAUAUUAUACAUCUGUAAAAAUUAUAAAUAUUCAAUAAAGUUAAUAAAGAUAACCUUACAUCUAAACAUAAUACAAUUCCACCCCAUAAGGUCCAUCAACGUAGAAUUGUUUCCAUACAAUUUUAUUUGCCGAUGCAACCAUCAACACUCCAAAGUCUCCUACUCUUGGUUGGAUCUAAUAACUUUUUUUUGAUAUGAGAUUUAAUUCAAUGCAGAAUUUAAUUCCGAAUUUAUAUGACGAGUCCCUUAAGCAAGGACGAAACGCGUCGUAAGUAGCUUGGAAUUAUUUCCUUUAAACUCACCCUCACACCCUCACCCUCACCCCUCACCCUCACCUCUCACCCUCACCCCUCACCCUCACCCCUCACCCUCACCCCUCACCCU